UAGAAGACAGAUGGAAAAUAGUUACCUAUAAAACACUUGCCAUAGUAUUUUUAUUACCAGUUUAAAGACUGUGUUAAAUUAAGUUUUCCGCUGUUAUUGUUAUUAAGAUUUUCAUUACCGAAGCGAUAUGUGAACGUAUUUUGCGCAUAGAAUCAUGUGGUUAUUAAUAUGUUUUCUCGGCUUCACGAAUCCUCAUUAUAGUCAUGGUUUAAAUCUAAUUGACGUAACAGUCUCUAAUGAUAAGGAAUCGACGAUUUCGCCACAAACCGUUAACAUUGAAAAGGAAACAACAGCCACAACUAGCAAAAACAUAGAUGGCCGAAGAUACUGGCUAGUCUCUGGAACACUAGAUGAUCCACUUCCCCCUAAAAAUGCUAACGAAGAGGAAGAUGACAAAGAUGAAAAUAUUAAAAGCAAAAUUGCGACGCUUGUAGAGCAAACUCUAUACGACUCACAGGUUAAAAUAAAAUCACUUCAAACGAUAAAAGAUUUUCAUAAAGAUGAUGCUCCGUACAAAGCUGGGUUCAUUUUAAGUUUAAUAAAGAAGUCUAAGGAUGUUCUUAACGAAUUGUUUAAUGUGGCUAUAAGACAUAAGGAUGAUUGGAAAGCUCUGGAACAAUUGAAGGUAUUUGAACUGAUUGUCCAUACGAAUGUGGAUACAACAAAUCUUGUAAGACAGUUGGUGGAGGUACAUAUACAAUACAUGAAUGCGACUCAUACGGGUGAGACGAAGAAGCGAGUGGUUUUGUUGAAAUAG